CCUCUCACUAGAUAAAGCCAAGCAAUGGCCGUGAUCUACCCGCCUCAGGCUGCUUGUGGGCCCCACCAUCAUCCGGGCCCGCCCGUCGGUCGUUGCGGGUGAGAUUGUCUUCGGUAGACCUGUGGAAAGAUCUCCACUUGCAGGGGUAGAUUAGGCAUUUCACAGGCGCGCGCCGUUCCGGCCGGUGGGUGCGCUCGGCUCGCUGUCGGCAAGCCAUUAGCCCACGGAGGAGCUCUGCCUGGGAGAGAGCUCCUUUUACCGCGAUGGCGCCGACGCUCCGCGCCCAUCCUCUCCACUUUUCCCUCGCCACUCCCGCUUCUCCUUCGCUGUCCUCUCCUCUUCACCUCACCUGCCCGGUUGCUGCGCCGUAGAUCCGCCGAAACUCGCCCUCACGUCGCUCGCCCGGUCGUCGCGCCGUAGAUCCAGCGCAGAUCCGCCGUCGUCUGCGUCAACCGCUUUCUCGGCGUCGUCGGCAGCCGCCGGCAGCCGCCGGCGUUGCUCCAUGGCGGCGCUCUGCAGUCGGUUCGGUUGAGGUCGUCGCCUUCUUGGAAUUGCCUCGCUGGGUUGCGGCGGCUGCAUCCGUUGGACGGCUGCUCGGUUCUAUUCCCGUUCUUCACACUGUCAAGUUUCAGAAGAGGUAUCAUGGAUGUUGAGUGGGGCAAAAAAGCUAUCGUCAUGAAAUACUUGUUCAAGUAUGUUACAAAAGGUUCAGAUUUCUCGAAGCUAUAUUUGGAGAGAAUUGGAAGCAAAGGUGUUCCUGUAGGUAGUGAUGGUCAGGACAAUCAUACGGUCAUUGACUGUGGUCAUUUGGAUGCUCCAGCUUCCACUGACAUGCCUACCUCUGCGGUUGGCUCCGUAAUGCUGCUCCUGCCAUCAGCUACGAAGCCUCCUGGACCUAGCGAUGGCAAGUGUGAUAUCGAUUCACAGGUCAAGAGGGCUCUGUUCACUGACUCAUUGCCUGAACAUGGCGUCGGGGCUGUGCAGGAGUUGGCUCCUCGAGUUGAGCCUGAGGAGGUUGGUUUGCCUGUGGUCGAGGCUCCUGAAUCUUCACCUGGCCCGUCUGCUGCUCCUUCUACGGACAAAAACUCAAACACGCGUAUGUAGUCGCGUGAUCAGGCGGAUGGCCUCGGCAAAAAGAAGCCUUGACUUAGAAAGAGGCGUCGGAGGCCUUUGGUAGCUGUUUGCUUGACGCCCCUAUCUUUUGCAGUGGUCAUGUACAUAUGAACAAGUUACCUGUUGCAGCAGUCCUCCUCUUUGCGUUGGAUGGUGGUUCUACCCUUCGAUGAAGUUCGCUAUAUGCGAGUGCUUUUGUUUCUCUCCGUUGUCAGCUAUUUAGUUAUGCAGUUUGCUUCAUCGGGUGGUGUACUUGGGCCAGGAAAGAGACUUGUGUAUAUUCCUGGUCUACCGCUCCUAUGUUCUUAUUAUUAGUAUGUGCUCCGCACUAGACUUUGUGGCUCUGUCAGAAGGAAGACUUUGUAAGUUCCUGAUUUGAUGCCGUUGUGUGCUUCCUAUGAACUUAUCUAGGUCUAUGAAAAAAGGAUUUGGCUCGUCUAUGU